AUGACGGCAACGACCGCUUUCAUCGAACUCCCGCGGGCAGAGGAGGCAGAACAAGAAGAAGCAAGGAUGAAGGGAGGAGUGGGAAGCGACGAAUCGGGAGGGAGAGGGUGGGGGGCUGACGGGAAACAAGGCUCUCGGAAGGCUGGGGUGUCGGCGGGAGCGGGGCCUGGGGAGGAGGGUGUCGCAGCGGGCGCUCGUGCGCAGGAGGCGAAACAGGGGUCACGCCGCCCGGGCCAGCAAGACGACACCGUCUCCGACCACGAUUCAUCGGGUCAGGGCAUCACCGUCAUUGCCGCCUGCAUCGGAGCGCUUGUCGUCUUCUCGAUGGUUUGGUGCUGGCUGAGCUCCGUGUUCGUCUGCGUGUCCUGGUGCGUGUGCAAGUGCGCCCGCCCCAACUCGAGGCACUCGUCGUCCAGUUGCACGGAAAACAAGCACGUCGACACCUACGCGGGGGCGGUUCGAGCGACUUUCUGCGGGACCUUGGCGAGCGUUGUCUGCGUCUCCGAUGGGGGCACCGCUGGGAAAAACGACACCAACGGCCAGGAGGAUGGGUUUCCUGCUUCACUUCCGUGCACCCCCCAGCCCGGCAGCAGCAUCGGUAGCACCAGCAGCAGCGAAAACCUAGUCGACGAGGCAGCUGCUGUCACCCACGCUGGAGUUACCGCGGAUGCUCCUCCCGCCGCAAUCAAAGGCGCCGCUCCCGUAAACAUCGACGGUGGCGCGGCUUCGAGUUACUCGGCGUUUUCGGGCAUGUUUCGGCGCGCGCUGACUGCGACGGCCCUCCCUCCCGACACCCCAACCGCGCACGGCUCUCCCUCCGCGGGCCACGGCGCACAACUCCGGCAGCAACAGCACGGGCUCGACGGUAACGGUGGCGAUGGCAGCAGCGAUCAAAACCCCCUCGCCUUGUGCCCCACCGGCGACGGCGGCGGCAGCAGUGGCGAUAUUGCUUUGGUCUGGGGAGAAGAGAAGCAGAGCGAGAACGGCAGUCACACCACCACCGACGCCGCGCGACCUCGCGGCCGCCCCUUCCUGAGAUCGUCCGGCGGCGCUAGCGACAGAACGCCCUGGACGCAUCGUUUCUGGGCAAGGUCUAGCGGCGACAGCUGCAGGCAUGAAGCGGGCAGACGGUGGGGUACGGGAGGGGGGCCCGCGUCUGGGGUUUCGAACGGUUCUCCAGAACGUUCUUCGGGGGAGAACGGUUCUCCAGAAGGUUCUUUGGGGGAGGCCGCCGCCUUCGAGGGACACCACGGGUUGUUCGACGCCUUGUCGCACCGAAGGAGGGAGGCCCAUCGGGCCCGCCUGGCCGGCGGGAGUCGGGCUCAGGAAAGGGGGCGCGGUGGCGACGGACACCUGACUUCCGCCGCCGCCGCCGCAGAGCCCGACAGCGGUGGUGGCAACAACAGCAGGAGCCGAGGAAACGCUGCUGGCUGUGUUGUUGGUGCGACGGCGGACCAGCAGGUGUCGCCGGAACCAGCCGUCCUCGCGACGCCAGCGCCGCCGGAAACCGCAGCCGGGAGCGCGCUACGCAGCAGCAGCAGCACCAACAAUAACGACGGAGGAGGACGAGAGGUAACAGCGGCAGGAGGCGGAGCUGCCGCAGAGAUUUCCCGGGUGGAGAGGGGUUGCCCACCCCGAGGGGGCGGUGUUGCCGAAGACGCAGGGAACGGCGACGAGGAACGGGGAGAAGAUCGCGGGUCCUUUCCCCCCGGGGACACGGAGUCGAUACCCCCGGGUUUGCCCAGGGCGAGGAUGUUGUGGCGCGCGUUUUCGGAGGUGGAUCACAACAAGAUCGAGGACAACCACCGGCGGGCCGCGCAGCGACACCUUGCGAGAUUUGGCCCGGCGCCCGGAGUCCGAAAUCCGCCCAUGUGUUACGGGCCCAUGUAGUGUUUUUCUUGCCAUCGAUAUUUUUCGUUCUAGAAAGGUGUGCCCCUCUUUGGGUAGUAGUUGGCCUGUGACCUAUUAUCAAAGGAAGUCCGCAUCAGUGGGACUAGUAGUACGGAUAUCAGAAGGCACUGCAGCGGAGGCCGGAACGGUUAUUAUUUACUGUGUAGACAGAAGCAGCAGCAGC